AUGUAUACUUAUUCAAGGCUAAUGAGGCUUACUACUACCGUUUUGUUGUUUGGAUAUGGCAUAGCAAAAGAGCUCUCUUUGGGAGAGCUGUGUGACUACUUGAACGGGCUCCCCGCCCUUGAGGUUUGGAAAGAUGAUUGCAGUAGGCAGGCUCUACUGUCUUUGCUACCACAAUGCUUAGAUGGGCUUGAAACAGUAACCCCAUCUCAGCAAAAAGUAGUGGCUUUGGAAUUGUCAAUAUGCGAGUUGGAGAAUGCCAAAAUUGAAUACCCAUUGGAUUGUGAUAAACAAAUACGGCACAGAAACAUCGACAAGUGUAUUCAGUCGUUAGAAAAAUCACCCCAGUUUUGGACAAGCUAUAGUGGUAAUUACAGAAAUGUGAAAGAGGUAUGUCACCAGGCUAGCUUACCGUUGAAAAAGGAGCAAAUCGUUGAAGUUUAUGCAAACGUCACUAAUCUUUUCCAGCAUGUGCUAAAUGACUUGGUGGCGUCUCAGGCUAGCAAUGAGGAAAUUCAAACUCAAAUAAAGGAAAGGUUUGAUCUCAUGAUGGGCAUUAUUGAUCAGUUGAUGAAGGAUCGAAAACCGUCGGCAGAUGCAGUGAACCAGACGUUCAAUGUCUUCUAUGAAAAUCUAGAGUCAUCAUUAAGCAAUGCGCUUGUAAUUAUAGGUAAUUCAUACCAAGGGGUCAGCACCAACAUGAACGAGAUGGAGCACCACCUCGACUACUUCACCAAAGAAUUAUAUCACAUUAGCGAGCUAAUUCGAGAAAAUCAAGUGCGAUUAGAUGCUCUGCUGAAGGAGUUGCAAAACCGAAAUGAUAUCAUUUUGAAUCAGCAAAAUAAAUCUCUAGAGAAUGGGAAAGUGAUAAACGACCAUAUGUUGGCAUUGCAGAAUUUUACCAAACAACAUUUUGAAUCUUUAGACAAUCAGUUCCAGCACACCGUCUUUCAAAUGCAUUCAAUUGGUGCAAUGAUAAACCAAAACAUUGAAAGCUUACAUGUGCAAAGACAAUAUGUCGAUGAACAAUCUGUGAUCAUUUUGGGAGAUAUUUCGGAAGCAUUUGUGCUCUAUUUAAACUCAUCGGGCCAAAAUAUACUAACGUCAUUCGAAACUUCGUUGAGCGGCUCUUUGGAGAGCUUGGAAGAGAGAAUUGAACAAGUGGUUCUGUCCAUUGAAGCAUUCGAUUCAAGAGUUUGGACUUUUAUACACUUUGCCAAUAACGCAACAGAAUAUAUUGCCAACCUCAUUCCAAACGUCGCACACAAAAUCCUGGCUUUUGCAUCCACAAGCUAUGAUUGCAUUGCAAGUGCAUUCUUCCACACUCGCAGGGUUCUUUUGUGCAUGGCAGUAGUUGUUCUUCUGGUGAUAGCCAUUCCCUUUGUACGUUUUGUUGUGAAAAUAGUCAGGAUCUCUUUUGUCAUGAUUGCACCAUUAGCUUUGGGAGUAGUUGCGGCUAUUCUCACCCUACAACUUGUCAUGGCGUUUGUCUUAUACGUUCUACUCACACCAGCGUUUCCAUUCCCGCUCGACAAUAAAGUCUAUUUUGAUAUGCGUGGAGAUACAGUUUAUCCCAUUGACCCUGAAAUUUAUUCCAACUUGUAUACCUACGCCCACUUGAUCGAUAUAUCCUAUUGCAUUUCAGAGGUACAUGGUAUAGGUCCCCCGUUCAAAUGUGACUUGAACUGUGAGAAACGUUUUCCCAAUAUGACAUUGGUCUAUCAAUGGUAUUUCCCUGACUCUGUGACUGGUUAUGUCGCUAGUACAUACGACAACAUUUUCAAUUACGAUACCUCCCUGCCAAAAAAGACGGUGGUUGUAUCCCUCAGAGGCACACGGUCAAUAUUUGACACCUAUGCAGAUAUGAAGGUGGACAUGACAAGAUACGCCAACCCCGGAAUGCACUUGCUGUCGUGUGGAAGUGGUUGCAAAGUCCAUGAUGGUUUCUACAAAUACUUUAAAACCACAUUGAACAAUAUCAAUGAUUACGUUAUCAAUGAAGUUGGCGAUGAAGAUUACGAACUAGUCAUAGUGGGCCAUUCCUUGGGUGGGAGCAUUGCGUUGCUAUUGGGGUUGCAUUAUCUCGAUAUUGGGUAUGAGAAAUUGACUUUAGUCACAAUGGGGCAACCAUUAACUGGCAAUCAUGACUUUGUAAAUUGGGCAGAUGGAGUAUUGGGCAGUCAGAGUGAACUCAAGCAUAACGAAUUCAAGAGAAAAUUUCUACGAGUGAUACAUAAAAAUGACGUUAUUACAACAAUACCCAGAAGUCGAAAUCCUUUCAUCCAGUAUCAUCAGUUUGGUAACCAAAUUUACCUAAAUUACACGACUAUUUACAAGCACAUAUCACAUACUUUCGAAAGAUGGGACUUUGCGGGAUCAUAA